AUGGCAUUGUUUGAUUUCAACGUAUUACAGUUCAUCGGCAAAGGAUGUUACUCUAUGGUAUAUGAAGUAUCGCCGAAAAAUGAUCAGGAAAAUUCGUCGAUAUAUGCAUUCAAACGAAUUUUCAUACAGGAACCUAAUGCAGUUGAGUGUGCCAAACGGGAGCGGAACAUUCUCGUGCGUCUUGCUGAAGACACAAAUUCUUCUCCUUUUAUACCCACUCUCUAUUACUCGUAUAUUUUGAAAAAUUCUCCUGUCCUUAUUCUCCAUCGUGGAAGCGGCUGGGAUUUAUUUCAACUAUUAACUAGGCAAAGGCUACUAAGUGAACAUGAUUCUCGAUUCUACGCCUCUGAGAUUGUCUGUGGUUUGGAGUAUCUUCAUUCCAUGCAAAUUGUACAUUUAGAUCUCAAGCCUGAGAACAUUCUCUUGGAUAAGAGUGGUCAUCUUAUCAUUUCGGAUUUCGAUCGUUCGUUUGAUCUUUCUCUUGACCAAAUUCCUAAACCUAGUGACUUCGGUGGUACCCUUUCUUUCAUGGCCCCGGAAAUCGCCAAGCAAGAGUUGCUAUCUACUAAGGCUGAUAUUUGGAGUCUUGCCGCCCUUAUAGCUGAGAUGGUAUCGGGUCCAAUUCGUCCUCUUUCCCGAAAUGAUGAACAAAGUCGAAAGUUGGCAAGGCAAAAUCAGUUCAAGAUUGUAAAUUUGCAUAAGCUCUCUAAAAAUCUUCAAUCUCUAUUUAAUACAUGUUUAACGCCGAAUCCCAAUGCACGGCCGGAUAUUGCUGGUGUGAAGAAGUUGAGGUUUUUCAAAUUCGUCGAUUGGGAUAAGGUUAUCAGUUCUUCCCUUCAACCGCCAUUCGAUCCUUCCACGUUUGGUUCUUCUCCGAGUAUUUCUGAUUGGGGUGUCGAUCCUUUUAAUCAAAUUCUUUUGGAUGCUGCCUUUGAUGAGCAUAUGCCCCUAAUUCGGAGCAAGUUGGAACUUGACCAUUCCAGACCGUCAGGUGGCAUUCGUUGUGUUCCAGUCAAACCUAACUACGAAAAACUUAAAAAAGCAGGGAUUAAUAUUGAGCUUAUUCAGGAUUACCUUGGUGAUUUCAACUUCGUCCAUCCCUCUCUUCGAAAACCUGAUUCUGAAGUCCCUGAAACUUUUGAAAAUAAAGAAGUUGGCGAAGUGCCUACAUCGCUUGAUGUUUCCCAGAUGUCAGUUGAAUUGGAACUUGUUCGUGAAAGGCAUUUUUCUCGUGAUUGA